AGCUUCAAGCACUCUCGCUCUCUGCAGCGUCUGUUGUUGCUUAGCUCAGCCGACGGGAAGCUAUCAUCGAACAGCUGCCGUGACGAUGCUGCGUCGGUGGGACUGAUACUCAGAGAGCUAACGCUAGCUCUGCUGACCUCUGUCCGGGUUCUGUUAUCAUCAGAUCGACCCGGUUCAGCUGGGUUUCACACUGUGGUGGAGGACGGGCUUGAUAGCCAUGUAGCUCCAUUAGCAUGUUGCUAGCAUCUUUUUAACAUUGGGCUCAUUAGCCGGGCUCUCCGGCUGCUAGCUUGCGUUGAUUUACGUGUGUCAGAGUAUUUCGUUGUAUUAUUCUUGUGUAGCUAAUUAACAUUUUUCACAACAUGUGUUGUGUUGAAACAACGGUGCUUGUUCUCGGGGUAAAGCCUUUGAUGAGCGUCCGUUUUUUGCUAACAAGCUAACAGGCAACGCUAGCUUUUAGCUGGAGCCAUAACGGGGCUCUAGAUGUCUUUGUUUCCAGCGGCGGCAGCAAGCUGCUUAUGAUGUGAAGAGCAGGUUGGCUGCGAUCGUUAGCUCGGUUAGCUGGUAGGUUAGAUCAGUGUAGAUGCCAAGUUGACAGUUUUUAUUGUGGUCAGCUGACAUGCAGCGCUCAGUUCGGUGACCUUGAACUCAUCUUCCACAUCAGAUUCAUCAAAAUAAGCCUCGCAGCUGCUUGAUACAUAAGGGUUAUUAUGGCCCUCAGAUCAGACUGCAGGCAGAGUGUCGUCUACCUGCUCAUCCUGACAGGAUGCAUCGCUGCUUCUCAGAGAAAUGACAACGUCUACGUGUCUGGAUUUUCCAAUGCUUGCGGUGACAUGGCGGAGCUCCUGCGGGCGUCCAGCGGUGUCAUCACCAGCCCCGGUUGGCCCUUUCAGUAUCCAGCUAGACUGAACUGUAGCUGGAACAUAAGAGCACGACCAGGAGACUCCAUCACUAUCAGUUUCCAGGACUUUGACCUCCAGGGUUCCCAUCACUGCACUUCAGACUGGAUGUCCAUCAGCAGCUACAGAAGCCUGGAUGGCCUGCGGGUUUGUGGUUCGUCGCUUCCACCCCCUUACAUCUCCUCCCAGGACCACGUCUGGAUCCACUUCCACUCUGAUGACACCCUGACGGGGAAAGGUUUCAGGAUGUCCUACAUCACCGGUAAACCAGAGGCGUCCAGCUGUGAUGUGGACCAGUUCCACUGCUCCAAUGGGAAGUGCAUCCCAGACUGGUGGCGCUGUAACUCCAUGGACGAGUGUGGCGACAACUCCGACGAGGAGCUGUGUGUGGAUUCGCCGUUCUCCUUCCAGCCCUGUAAUCUGAACCAGUUCCCCUGCUUGUCCCGUUACACCCGCAUCUACACCUGCCUGCCGCACAGUCUGCGCUGCGACGGCAGCAUCGACUGCCAGGACCUUGGCGAUGAGAUUGACUGUGACGUUCCCACUUGUGGAGAGUGGUUGAGGAACUUCUACGGUUCCUUCAGCUCUCCAAACUACCCUGAUUUUUACCCUCCAGGAAGCAACUGCACGUGGCUGAUUGACACCGGGGACCACCGAAAGGUUAUCCUGAGGUUUACGGACUUUAAGCUCGACGGGACGGGUUACGGCGAUUAUGUUAAAGUUUACGACGGUCUCGAGGAAAACCCUCGGCGCCUCCUCAGGGUGCUGACUGCUUUUGACUCCAGGGCUCCGGUCGCUGUGGUUUCAUCUUCUGGUCAGCUCAGAGUCCACUUCUACGCUGACAAGAUCAACGCUGCCAGAGGAUUCAAUGUCACUUAUCAGGUGGACGGGUUCUGUCUGCCCUGGGAGGUUCCCUGUGGAGGAAACUGGGGCUGCUACACGGAGCAGCAGCGGUGCGACGGCUACUGGCACUGUCCCAACGGUCGGGACGAGCUGAACUGUUCCUCCUGUCARGAGGACGAGUUCCCCUGUUCCAGAAACGGAGCCUGCUACCCUCGAUCGGACCGCUGCAACUACCAGAACCGAUGCCCCAACGGGUCCGACGAAAAGAACUGCUUCUUCUGCCAGCCUGGAAACUUCCACUGCAAGAAUAACCGCUGCGUGUUUGAGUCCUGGGUUUGCGACGCGCAGGACGACUGUGGCGACGGCAGCGAUGAGGAGAGCUGUCCCAUCAUCGUCCCCACCAGAGUCAUCACGGCGGCCGUCAUCGGCAGCCUGAUCUGUGGCCUGCUGCUGGUCAUCGCCCUCGGCUGCACCUGCAAACUCUACUCGCUGCGCAUGUUCGAACGCAGGUCGUUUGAGACGCAGCUUUCCAGAGUGGAGGYGGAGCUGCUGAGGAGGGAGGCCCCGCCCUCUUAUGGUCAGCUGAUUGCACAGGGGCUGAUCCCACCAGUAGAGGAUUUUCCGGUGUGUUCUGGGAGUCAGGCGUCCGUCCUGGAGAACCUGCGUCUGGCUGUGCGCUCUCAGCUCGGCUUCACCUCCCUCAGACUUCCCUCCUCUGGCCGUCGUAGCAACCUGUGGCGCAGGCUCUUCACGUUCUCCCGAUCUCGGCGCUCCGGUUCUUUGGCUCUCGUCUCGGCUGACCUGGAGGACAGCUCUGGUACUGGGAGCACCGGGAGCUCCGGCUCCGACCUGCUGUCUCCGGACUCUGACGACACGGAUACGGAAGGUGAGCGAGGGAGGGAGCGAGGUGUGGGCGCGGUGGGUGGGCCCGUGGCCCCCCUCCCUCAGAAAACGCCGCCCCCCUCUGCCGUAGAGGCUGUCGUGUCCGUGGCGGCGUCUGCGACCUCUGUGACCCCAGUGCCGAGCAGAGACCGAGGCCGUGAGCGGUCCAGAGAAGCUCCGCCUCCUUCCAGCCCUGUGACCGUGGUGACCUCUAGUUCAGAUCCUGAAUGUCACGGCGAUGCUUCAGAGCUCCCGGCUCCCUCCACCUCCGCCUUGCAGCGCCUGGCCCAGAACCUGCAUCGCCUCGCUAGAAACCUGACCCGAACUAACCAGAACCAGCAAAACCAGACCUGGACCAACCACAGCCCACUCCGCCAGCUGGAGACAGGAAGAGACGGCGCUGACGCCACCGAGCGGCGAGAGAGCAGAGAGGAGGAGGAAGAUGUAGMGCUCCUCAUCCCUGCCUCCGACUCUGACUCCUCCUCCUCCUCCUCCUCGCUGGUCAGUGACAUACGACAGCCUCUGCUGGAGCCACACCCCUCCUCCACCUCAGGUCUGGCCCCGCAUCAUCACCGUGGACACGGUGGUCGAGGAGGGCGGGACGGCACAUGUGAACACUGUGGGAUGGUCCACACGGCUCAGAUCCCCGACGCCUGCCUCGAGGCCACGGGUAAGACGGAGAGCAGCGACGACGAGCUGCUGCUCUUGUGCUAACAGGCUAACCUGCCAGCUAACAUGCUAACUCUCCGAUGUUUCACACUUUUCAUUUAGCUGGUUAAGAAGCUAACCUAACCUGCUAACAGACAGGCUAACACACAAAAACUUACUGCCUGCUAACAUGCUAACUUAUUUAUUGUUUUAGUUUGAUCAUAAAGCUGGCUAACAGGUUAAACACUUGGCUAAUAACCCAUUAACUUUUUAUUUUUUAAGAAACUAGUUAAGGCUACAAACUGUAACCUGACAGCACUCCAUACUGGUCCACAAACUUAACUCUAACUUGUGUUAGCAUGCUAGCUGGAUCAAAGGUUAGCCCUCUUUGAUGUCGGAGAUAAAUGAACCAAUCAGAGACUCAGGAGUGAUGUCACUGGUUCCUGUUGGUUUGACCACGUAAACUGUUUGUUGUUUCCAUGGUCCGUGUGUUUACCACCUGCCUACCUCCCACCCUCACCCCCCACUCACAGGCUGGYGUUCUGAAGCUCAUUGGUACGACUAAAAAGAUUCCUGAUGGAACAGACUGAUGGUUCUUUAGAGAUGAGAACUUUACGUUUUGAUAAGGAACCCAUCUGACCCGGGGAUGUGUGGGAACUCUUGGUCAGGUGGGAAAGUAUUUAAAGUUUUCUGCAUUUUAAAAGCUGCUGGUUGAGUCUGUUUUAAGGAAACAGUGGGAAUGACGAUGAUCAUGUGACCGGUAUUAAUGUCCAAAGAUGACUCCUUUUUUAUAAUUAUUGUUUUUUUAUUUGAUUUUUUAUUAUUAUUAUUUGAUGGUGGUCAAGUUCAAACUUGAGUUUCUGACAUUGACACUAACCGUGAGGUGUGUUACAGAAAUUAAAUGUUUCACGUUGUCUGAGAUCAUGUCAACYGAGCAGCAACACCCGACUCAAACCGGUGUGUUUAUUGGUUUUUUAUCUCUAACAUGAUAAAAGUUCAUUUAUGAAAAUUGUCACUUUUGUUGAAAAAUGUUUACUUUCUGUCACAUACUCCUUUAGUAAAAGUGACAAACACAAAGCACAACAAAAAAAAACUUUAUUAAGCUUUUGUUUUCUUUUUUAAAACUGAAUCAGUGGUACUUAUCCAACUCCAUCCUGGUGGUUUUUUYUGCAUUCCCAGGUCACAUGACCUUCGUCACGAGCAGUUUCACACUGCUUUUUGUGAACGAGGGUAAAGUCUUACACUUGCACGGUGUUAAAGUGUGUGCCGGAUCACUUCUUAUUGAAAGGUGUCAGAUUAAAGAAGAGUCCAGACUACAUCUGUAGGGCAGCAUUUAAAGAUGUUUUUAUAUUUAAAUGGUCACAUAAGCAUCACAAGGACCAAAAGCAGACUGACAGCAAGGUACACGUGGAUUAUAAACACUCUUAUUUUGUGGCUCCUUUUCCUUCCCAGACUGAAGCCGUUCAGAUAUCUGUAUUUCUCAUCUUUGUUACUGUUUUUGGUACUCAUUUUACUUUGUGUGAGUGUGACUGUGUAUAUUUAUUAUUAUUAUUAUUAUUAAUAAUAUGAUUAUUACGUGUUAAUUUGCUGUUGUGUAGCUGUUUUUUUUUCUGACCUGCAUGAUUCAAUUUGUUUGGUGUUUUUCUUUGAGUCUGUAAAACCUGAUAAACUGCACUAAAGAUUAAAGGUUCACAUUCAGUGA